GCAGUGGCUUGCCACACUUGCAGUUGGCAACAGAGAGGGUCUGGAAAACCUCCCUGAAAAUAAUGAGAGGGAAAACUUUGAUUAGUUAAAUCCCAGAUAAUCCUGGAUGAUGAAGACAGAUCUGGACUCCUUAAUGGAUUUAGGGUCCCAAGGGGAGUGGCAGAGGCAGCAGAUCAGCCCAUGGUGAGAAGAAGCCAAGAGGAGUCCAUACCAGGCUGCGAAAGCACCAAGGUGACCAGAAAGGACUCAAUUCCCCACUCCUGGCCUGGAGGGCUGAGAAGCAUGACUGGACGGGAUGGACUUUUGGAUGGGCGCUCCAGGAGUAGAGCCCUGGUCCCAGGCUGUCCUUCCACAGGCCCUCGCCUUCGAAGCUUCGCCAUCAACGACCUGCUGGGAUUGGAGGCAGACCUGCCGACUCCGGCGGAGCCUGUGCUAAGAUCCAACUGCGAAGCUUCAGCGGAGGCAAUAGGGCGGGGGCCGGGACCAGGGCCGGGACUGUGCGGCUCCUGCCCUGCUCGCGGGGCUCUCCCGCUGGGCCUGAGCCUCCUCUGCGGCUUCGGGGCACAGCCCCCUUCCGCGGCCGCCGCUCGCGCGCGCUGCCUGCUCCUCGCCGAUCUGCGGCUUCUGCCCCCUGCAGGACCCGAGCCUGCUGUCGCCCAGACCCCAGUCCACCCACCGCCUGCGCUCGGCAGCCAGCAGCGCAGCGAGAGCAUCUCCACGUCUGAUGGGGACAGUCCAUCUGAAGAAAAGAGUGACCCAAAGAUGUCCCUUACUCUGGGCAAGAGGAAGAAGCGGAGACACAGGACAGUUUUCACUGCUCAUCAACUUGAAGAACUGGAGAAGGCGUUUGGCGAGGCCCACUACCCUGAUGUGUAUGCUCGGGAAAUGCUGGCUGCGAAAACAGAGCUCCCGGAAGACCGAAUACAGGUCUGGUUCCAGAACCGGAGGGCCAAGUGGCGUAAGCGAGAGAAGCGCUGGGGCGGCAGCAGUGUUAUGGCUGAGUAUGGGCUCUACGGAGCCAUGGUGCGUCACUGCAUUCCACUGCCGGACUCCGUGCUCAACUCUGCAGAUAGCCUGCAGGGCUCCUGUGCACCCUGGCUUCUGGGGAUGCAUAAAAAGUCUACAGGAAUGAGGAAACCAGAAAGUGAAGACAAAUUGGCAGGACUCUGGGAGUUUGACCAUCUCAAAAAAGGUGCUAAUAAGGAUCCGAAUGGACCUGAGAGGGGACCAGACAAAACAAGCCUGGACCCUGAGGGGAGCUUGGAAGAUAUGGCCAUUGACCUGUCCAGCUCUUCCAGGCCAGGGUCUUAGAAAAUGCCUCCAGGGUCCAGUACUCAGGGAUGUUCCCACGCCCCGGGGCUGCAGGUGCUCCAGCCCCGACAGGUGGGAGCCUCAUGAGACUGACAGAUUGCCCCCCCAAAAGCUGGAAAUAUGCAUACUUCUCACAAGUAUUUUUCAGGAGACAGGUCCAAGGCAAACACCUUCAGUUUGGUUUUCUUCCUGAAACGUCUGGAUAGAGGGCAACACUACAAUGUUGAAUAAAUAAUGACUUAGGGAAAGUUCCAUUUAAUUCUAGAGUAGAGAACAUUCACAUAACCUCCCAAGCCAGUCAAUUUGGUCUAAAAUUUUGUUUUUCCUUUGUAGAAUUUGAACAUGGAAGAUUUGAAGUUCAAAGAUAAUUUUAGAGCUAGGGUAUGGCGUAGCUCAGUUAACAGUACACACGAAGACCUGGAUUUAAUACACAUAAACCAGAUCGCACACACCUGUAAUCCCAGCACUCGGGGUGGAGACAAGAGAUCAAGACGUUCAAGAGCAUCCCAGUGAUGAUGAGAUUAUUACUACCCGGCAGUAUUUAAGAUGUGGUUCAAUCAUUAAGAAAGCUAGCCUGGAAGGGGUUACAUGUUUGAAUCCAAGAGGUUACUUAAAAUUAAAAGUCACUGAAAUGGAAAAAAAAAAAAAAGAAAAAGAAAAGAAAGCUAGCCUGACCUCCUCACUCUAAGUUAGAAUAUUUGGUUUGAUUUUGUUGAAACAGGGUCUUGCUGUGCAGACCCAGGCUAGCCUCAUUUUCAUAAUCUCCUGCCUCAGCCUCUCCAGUGCUGCAUUACAGGUGUGAAUGUAAUUGUUAUACAUUCCUAGGAGAAGCUUCUAAACAGACAAAUGAAUGAAUGAAUGAAUGAAUGAAUGAAUGCUAUAUUACCAUUCCUUGAGAUGGGUCUAGGACCAGUCUUUGUGGUAGGUGGUAAUUUUGUGUUCUCAGUUACUUGAUAGGCCUUGAAUACUCAAUGUAUAAAUAGCAAAGAAAGCCAUAUGCCCCUCCUCCUUUGAAAUCACCUGGAGCCAUGUUUAAGCAAUUGUUAAUAUCUGGAGACUGUCUGAAGGUCAGACCCAACUUCUUGGUCUUUUUGAGUUUAUGUUUGAAAGCACUUUAGUGACUUGGAUUCACGAAUGUUUUCUUUCCUGUAUUUCCUUUGCCAUUUUUUUAUUAUUUAAAAAUAAAUGUAUGGUGUGUCUGACACUCAAAGCUA